AUGCUCAGCGAUGUAGCCGAAGUACAAAAAUUAGUAUCAUUAAAGGAAUUAAAAUAUUUAACAUUACAUGGUAAUCCAAUUGAAAUAGCCGUGCCUUAUUUACGUUCAUAUGUUUUAUGUUUACUGCCUGAUUUACGAAGUUUAAAUUGUACACCAGUAACAAAAGGUGAUCGAAAAAUAAGUGAAGUGUGGGGAGGCAUGAAUAAAAAUUUACUUCCGAAAAAUUCAAAUAAAAAUUAA